GUUCUUUGGGUGGCCCAGACUCCUGGAGACCAGCAGAGCAUGACCACAGCUUGAAAUAAAGGAAAGGAGGAGGACAAGCACAUUUGCUGCAGUCCUGACACAACAUCAGAUCCCGGUGACUAGGAAUAAGUGAGCGAAUGAAUGAUAAAUGAACUGAGGACCCAAAAGCUUUGACGACUUGACCAAGGUCAUCCAGCCAGUUCCCCUUCCUCCUUAGACAAGAUGUCUCACCAGAGAAAGCAGCCCACCCCCCAGCCCCCGGUGGGCUUCGGAAAGACCUCCGGCGGCGGCGGCGGCGGCAGCGGCGGCGGUGGCUGUGGCGGCGGCGGUGGUGGUGGCGGCGGCGGCGGCUGUGGCUUCCAUAGCGGCGGCGGUGGCGGCGGCUCCGGGGGCUGCGGUGGUGGUGGCUCCGGAGGGAGCGUCAAGUACUCAGGAGGUGGCGGCGGUAGCUCCGGCGGCGGCGGAUCCAGCUGUGGCGGCGGCUACUCUGGCGGCGGCGGCUCCAGCUGUGGCGGCGGCUCCGGUGGGGGCUCCGGUGGGGGCGUCAAGUAUUACGGCGGCGGCGGCGGCGGCUCCUCCGGGGGCGGCAGCAGCUGCUUCUCUUCCGGCGGCGGCGGCGGCGGCGGCUCCAGCUGUGGCGGCGGCUCCGGUGGGGGCUCCGGUGGGGGCGUCAAGUACUCUGGCGGCGGCGGCGGCGGCUCCUCCGGGGGCGGCAGCAGCUGCUUCUCCUCCGGCGGCGGCGGCGGCUCCAGCUGUGGCGGCGGCGGCGGCGGCGGUUCCGGUUUCUGCGGCGGCUCUUCCGGCGGCGGCGGCGGCUCCGGUUUCUGCGGCGGCUCUUCCGGCGGCGGCGGCGGCGGCUCCUCGGGCCAGGCGGUCCAGUGCCAGAGCUAUGGAGGAGGCUCUAGCGGCGGCUCCUCCGGGGGCGGCAGCGGCUGCUUCUCCUCUGGCGGCGGCGGCGGCGGCUCCGGUUUCUGCGGCGGCUCCUCCGGCGGCGGCGGCGGCGGCUCCUCGGGCCAGGCGGUCCAGUGCCAGAGCUAUGGAGGAGGCUCCAGCGGCGGCUCCUCCGGGGGCGGCAGCGGCUGCUUCUCCUCAGGCGGCGGCGGCGGCGGCUCCGGUUUCUGCGGCGGCUCCUCCGGCGGCGGCUCCAGCUGCGGCGGAGGUUCCUCUGGCGGCGGUGGCGGCGGCUACAGCUCGCAGCAGGCCACCCAGACCUCGUGCGCGCCCCAGCAGGGCUACGGCGGGGGCUCGUCCGGCGGCGGCUCCUCAGGGGGCGGCUGCUGCUUCUCCAGUGGCGGCGGCGGCUCCUCAGGGGGCGGCGGCGGCUGCUUCCCUAGUGGCGGUGGCGGCUCUGGCUGCGGAGGUGGUUCCUCCGGGGGCGGCGGCGGCGGCUCCAGCUGUGGCGGUGGCUCCUCAGGGGGUGGCUCCGGGAGUGGCAAGGGUGUCCCUGUCUGCCACCAGACCCAGCAGAAGCAGGCGCCUACCUGGCCAUGCAAGUAAGGCCCCCAGGAUGCCUUGCAGUCAAAGGAGCUGGAGGUGUUCUCUGUGGGCGCCAAUGGGCUUAGUGCUCUCGUGAUAUUGCCGAAGUUUCCAAAUCCUUCACAUCUUAACCUACGUAGAAGAAGCCAUUGAGUUCUCCAGCUGCAUCUCCUUGUGCAAUUUUUCCUUCUUGGUUUCUGUACAACUACCUCCCAACAUCUUAGCUCAAUAAAUUUUGAAUUCAUGAGAA